GCUGCCCUUGAAGUCGUCCUCGCCAAUCACCUGAUCUCCGUGUCACGUCGGCCUAUUACUCGGAUGACUAUUUCACGUUCCGUUAUUGUUAAACUGUUUGGUUUGGUGGGUCCCUGCCAUUUUUUUACAAUGUCUUCUGCACAGUCGCCAUGCCUUGCCGAUCGCAUUUCAACACCUGGGGUUUGGCCGGCAGCAUAUUACUUGGCGGUCUUGCAACAAAUAAUCCAGUCACCAUCCCGCAUUCACAUAAUUAAUAUAUCUCAGAUGGGGAGUUCGACUCUGGUACUGCCCACACCGGCAACGAAGUCGAAGCCAAUCAUUUCAGCACCUCUCGAAAUAGAGCUUACAAGUCCUGCAGAGUUUUAUCUUAGUGUGGACAGGAACUGGAGCAACUUAUCUUCCGAUCAAGACCAAUUUUACCCAUCACAUUCCCAGUAUCACCAAUAUAAUCCAUCAGCCUCUUGCCGGUCAUCUUCUAAUCAGCCACAGUACUUGCAGCAGCUGCAUUUGCAAUAUCAUAGUCUUCAUCGCCUGGGCCCCAAGCAUAUCGAAUACCCACUCCACCCACCCACCAGUGGCACCUGCAUCCAUUAUACACCCCCUGCACGCCCUUCAAAUCGAUCUAAUAAUACUCUUUCUCUUGAGUUCUAUGAACAAACAAAUCAGCAUCUCCCCAUACCCACUCACUCAUCUCAAGCACACAUCGAACAGUCUUCGGCAUCACUAUCUAGUUCUCAUGGGUCACUGUCAACGUUCCCUGCCGCCCCAACUAGACACCUCUUCGAAGACGCAGGACCUUACCUGCGUGAGACACUACACAUUCCAGCCCACAAGAAAAUUGACUUGUGGGCGCUUCCAGAUCCACUUGAAGGAGAGAAACCAAACCAGCCCUAUCCUAUACUGAUCAAGCUGGCAAUUUACGGAAGCCCGAAUAAGCAGCUCACAUUGCAAGAGAUAUACACAGUACUCGAGGGUCGUUUUGAAUGGUUCAAGUUUCGACGAAAUGAGAAGGCUUGGAAGAACUCAAUUCGCCAUAACCUUUCUUUGAACAAAGUCUUCAAACACGUUCCCCGUACCAUCAUGGAGCCAGGCAAAGGAAGCUAUUGGCAACUUGACUGCUCUGAUGGCGAGGGUUACAAGCGCACUCGUAAGCGCCGCAGCAAGUCUGCUCAAGCAGUGCUCGAACAAAGCGAUGAUGAUGAUUCUUUGUUGGGAGGUGGUGACGUGGAGGGGACGAAUGCACCUCUGGCUGGUAUGCCAGCAGGUUCGAGUCACGCUCCAAAUCGUCCUAGCCUUGCAGCAUCCAACGACUCCUACAUCAAUCCUGAGUUGAGACAGGGAAGUCACAUUGUUGGUGAAGGUCGAACCCGAUCUGUAUUGCGCAGGCCCACCACCAGUCCAUAUCAGCGUAAAGUAAGUUACCCGCCACCACUUGUGCCGUUCUCUGGGUUGCUCGAAAAGCUCGAAUCGAGUGCCAAGGACUGGAGCAAAGAGACUAUGAAGGGCAUCGUACAUGUAUCCCGAUAGCCAGUCGGAACAUUUUCCCAUCUAAUCUUCAAUUGCAGCUUGCUAUCAAGCUUCUCAACUCUCUGUGUUUCAUGUCUCGAUCAGACACUGCGACCUAAUACUAUGUCCCACAGAGCUUACACGCCAACCUACCUACGUACCUUUUGUACCAUAUCCUAGUCAUCUAAAUAGUCCCUACAGCCCCUCAUAAUUUUGAACUAGUUCAUAAUGCACAUUCAAUAAAACCUAUCUGCUGGACUUUUACACGC